UUAAGCCGAGCAUGCCCUGCCAGAACAAGCCUGGACUUGCUGGGCGCUCCCUGGUAGGGCCUCAACCACACUGGGCACCUCCUUGGGAAGAGAGACAAGGGAGCGGGAAUCUGAGUCCUAGCACUGUUCUAUCCUGCAGGAAACAAAAUGACCUACCUGAUUCUGACCUUGGGCUUCAGCCAAGGGGCAAGGUAGAUCCAGACCCGCCCCUUCUCACCUGCCUAUAAGAUGAGCUCGGGACCUGGGACUGCAUCUUCACUCAUCCAACCAUCAUGAAGCCUUCCACAAAACCUGAGCCUUUCCUGCUAGCUUCCAUGCUGCUCUGCACCCUCCUGGGUCUGGGGUACCCACUAAGUUGUGAGAUGUGUAUCAGGAAUGGAGCCAUAUGCAUUGGAGAAAUGAAGGAUUGCGCCCUGGACGAGGACACCUGCGUCGUCAUCAUGACUGAGACUAACAAUAAGGGCUCCGUGGACGUGACCAGCUACAAGGGGUGCUCGAAAUCCAGCAAGUGUGACCCGGCGUUCCUCUCCAUCACCGUGGCUCCAGAGAACUACAUGGGGUCCGACACGCGCUGCUGCCAGAGCAAUGGCUGCAACAAGGACCCCCUGCCCGCGUUCAGGAGAAAUCUGACGAAGAAUGGUGUUCAGUGUCCUUCCUGCUCCACCUUCCUCAAGGAAACAUGCACCCCGACUGACGAAACGCUCUGUUUUGGUGAAGAAACCCGCUGUGUCACCGUGACUGGCCUCAUGCACCCUGCAGGUGUCAGAUUUGCUUUCCAGGGAUGUGCUACAGAGAACGCCUGCCACAUCAAGCCUGGGACCCUGGUGCCCUCGGGCUCUCAUUUAUUGACCAUCAAGAAGAUCAGCUGUCUUCCAAGCCCCCAGGCUUCUGGCAAAGCUGAGUGAAGAACUGAGGCCCAUGUGGUGUUUGGCCUCCAUUCCUUCUCAGCUCUAGCUUCCCACGUGUCUAUAAAUUAAACGAAUCAACAGAA